UUUCUCCCGUUUCCCGCAUCCAUUGUUGUGAACUAUUCGUUUUACCGAUUUCCCAGGAAGCGUCAUAUAGUACGGAGAUGAACAAAGAUGGUUUUAUCUACAUUAUUCUUCAUUAGUCAGUGGCGGCUUGUAGCUAAAAUUAGUGGAGGUGCUGCUCCAGAAAAUGUUUAGCAGUUAUCGAUAAUAUUAAGUGGAAAUAGGGGGUGCUGCAGUUCCACAGUGCCCAUAAGCGAACCUCCGCUGCGUUCAGUGAAACUUAAUGAACCUGUGUGCCAUUUCAAUUUCUAAUGAUUCAUGCAUUAUAACCUGAUUCAUCCAUUUAUCCUGGUUUGCUGCGUACUGCGAAGAUAUCCGGGUUCGUCAGCUCUUAAUCGGGCCCCUGAACAAUUGCGUUUUUCGAAAUUACGGCCCACUGUUUACGGCCUUUGAACGUUGCCUCUAACGAUUCCUAGGCACAGCGGGCAUGGGAAAUAUCAGGCGAUAUACUGGAACCAGCAUAGAAAUUAUGGAGGGGGUUGAAAUGCAAUGCACUUUCGUUAAGACAAAGAAUGCACGGGGUGACUCUCUUUACCAACGUGUUCUCGGUGGGUGGAGAUUGCGACGAAUCCCUCGGAACGUAACCAAUUUUGAAAAACGGUUACGCAUGCACAUAAUCACAAUUGUAUUAUGCGUGUGCUGUCGCGUGUGCCAGCGUCCUGCUCAUAAUCAGCCUGGCAGUCAUCUGAUUUCUGUUAUUCCUGUGCUGUGACGUGCGUAUCGUUCGCUUGGUGGCGCUUUCGUGGGGACGCGUGUGGACUCUCCUUUACUAUAAGUUUGGUGGAGUUGCUGAUGGCUGCCGAGUCGUGCUUCGUGAUUCUUCGUGAUAUGUUUACAGUUUUUGGCAUUUGACGAUUCGGUCGAAGUUCAUUCUUCUUUGUAUAUUUGUACUAUCUAACUGCAAACUAUGCGCAAAACAGAGGGAGUUCGUAGAGUCCGAGUUUUCGUGUGAUGUGCCGAAAAAGCGUGGUGCAAUCGACGUGAUAACUUUUAUGUGCAUUGGCUGAAAAGCACAGGGAACACGGUCGCCGCCAAGAUGUCGAUGUCGAUGGCGUUGGCGUUGUCCCUUUCCGUCUCCGUCUACCUGUGGGCAUUGUGCGCCACGCCGAUUAGCGCUCUGCACUCGAAAAAUCCUCUUGCACCCCACGGACGAUGCGAGCCCAUUACGAUCAAUUUGUGCAUGAAUAUACCGUACAAUCAGACUAUCAUGCCCAAUUUGAUGAGCCAUCAGAAGCAGGAAGACGCCGGCUUAGCAGUUCAUCAUUUUGCACCCCUUGUUAAGAUGAAGUGCAGUCUAGAUUUGCGAUUUUUCCUUUGCACCAUGUAUGCACCUGUUUGUACAAUUCUGGAAGAGGCAUUGCCACCUUGCAGAUCACUCUGCGAGAGUGCUCGUGCUGGCUGUGAAUCUCUUAUGAGCAGUUUCGGAUUUCCUUGGCCACAGAGUUUAGAGUGCUCAAAGUUUCCAAGAUUUGGUGAGAAACUUUGUGUGGGGAACAAUGAUACUGCUCCUUCUGAAACUCCUGCUCUGGCCGAACCACCACCACGAAUGCCUAUUGCUGAAUUUCAAACACCAUGGAACGGAGGUCCCAAGCCAUAUGGAGGAGGAUAUAUGCCUGAUGCACGCGACUAUGGAUUUGUCUGUCCUAUACAGUUCCAGGUUCCGCAUAACCUUAGCUAUUCCCUUAAAGUUGGGGAUAAAGUAGAACCCGAUUGUGGUGCUCCGUGUGAUGGCAUGUUCUUCACAGAAAGAGAACGCAGAUUCUCAAGAAUUUGGGUUGGUACUUGGGCUUCAGUGUGUGCAGCUUCUUGUUUCUUUACAGUUCUUACCUUUCUCAUUGACACAGACAGAUUUAGAUAUCCAGAGAGGCCAAUAAUUUUCUUAUCAGUGUGCUAUUUAAUGGUGGCACUGGUUUAUGUGAUUGGGUGGGCUGCAGGAAACUCGAUAUCAUGCAGAGAUCCAUUUUUACCACAUAUGGAAAUGAGAAUCCAGACGGCAUCAAUCAUUACACAAGGCACCAAGCAUGAAUUGUGCACCGUACUCUUUAUGGUCUUAUAUUUCUUUGGCAUGGCUUCCAGUAUAUGGUGGGUCGUACUCACCCUUACAUGGUUCCUUGCUGCUGGACUAAAAUGGGGUCACGAGGCAAUAGAGGCAAAUUCUCAGUAUUUUCACUUAGCCGCGUGGGCAGCACCGGCCAUCAAAACCAUGACUAUUCUGGCAAUGGGAAAGGUGGAAGGCGAUAUUCUCUCAGGAGUCUGCUACGUUGGUCUCUGGAAUGUGGAAGCACUUCGUGGUUUCGUACUGGCGCCUCUCUGCGUCUAUCUCGUACUAGGUACAGCGUUCCUCCUAGCUGGCUUUGUUUCCCUGUUUCGCAUCCGGACCGUGAUGAAGCACGACGGUACGAAGACGGAUAAGCUUGAAAAGUUAAUGAUUCGCAUUGGCAUCUUCUCCGUGCUGUACACAGUACCCGCCCUGAUUGUGAUCGCCUGUCUCUUUUACGAGCAGGCAUACUUCGAUCACUGGAUGCUCACCUGGAACAUGGAAAUGUGCUCCCGACCUGGACCCCAAUCUCUUUAUUCGAUACCCUGUCCCAUAGGCGAGCGUACGCGCGAUCUCGGUCGGCGUCCUGAGUUUGAGGUCUUCAUGAUCAAGUAUUUGAUGGCCAUGAUCGUUGGCAUCACCAGCAGCUUCUGGGUUUGGUCUAGCAAGACGUUAACCAGUUGGCGGCAAUUUUUCAAUCACGUACAGGGUCGUCGUGUACAGGCGUACGUGUAAUAAGCGAUUUCGUAAAGAAUUUGCUAGACGGCGCGCGCUCUGAUAUCCUUACAUGUGGCAACACGCUGAGAUCCUACAUUCGAGUCUUCUCGUCCAUUUAUCAAUUCCAAAGGAUGAUAUACGGGAUACAGCAUUUUCUUCGUAAUAGCAACUGAAACGGCAACACGGAUAAUAAAUUAUUUUGAGGAAACGAACAGAAAACAAAGAAUAUGAUAACGAUGUUACAUUAAUCGUUCAACACUGCCAAAGGAGAAUAAAAAAAUGAAACGUCGUGACAAUGGAUCGGCACUGCCAAGAAAGAGAAAGGUCCAAGCAUUUCUUCUAUAACCUCGAUUACACGUACCAAGCACGCAAUUGUGGUAUGGCCUGUCUUCUCAUUGAUCUAUAGUGGAGGAGAAACUCUGUUCGGAAGUAUAGCCCAUCAUUGGCAAAUUUAUAUCUGCUUCAUUUUCUCCGAAACUAUUUUAUCUAGCAAGCGAGUAACAUAUUUUAUUCUCUUUUUUUUUUAUUUAUUUAUUAUAACCUCAACGAUCAAAAGAAACGCGUUACACGUGACUGGUGAUGCUAUGUGCCCGCAUUUUCUUACAAAUUAACAUUAGAGAUUGAAAGAAUUCGCUUUAUUCGCUUUGACAAUUCUUAAUUUAUGCAUAUAUGUCCACACCAUUUAUUCACACAUAUACGUUUUGACGUUUAAUACUCACAGUUUAUAGCCAUUCCAUCAUAGACACGCAUCUAACUUGAGAACUUUUUGAUACAUAUCUCUUCUUAGACUUUUUUUUAUAUUACUUUUUCGUCGACUUUUGACGUUCAGAAUCGUUCAUAUUUCUAAGAAUCUCCUUUUUAAUUAACAGAAAAAAUGUCUAGACACGAAUCUCUGCUACGAUAACCUAGACUAAAUUGUAUAUAAAUAUAGCUUUAGUUUAAUAAUGUAUUAUAAUAUAUUUUUAAAUACUCGUGUAAAUACGUGUACGUCAGAGCCUGAUGUAAUCUCUUGGAAGCCUGUGGCCGAUCGAUCAAACCAGUGAUUGAUCCACGGAGUGCGAAUUCAACACAACCCCAGCUCUUAAAUGGCGAUUAGACUAUGCAAUAAGCGACUGUCGUUGCAGUUGUAUCAGCGUGCGCAAUACGAACUGAUUUUUUUCCUAUCGAGAAUAUCGGUGCGAGUACGUGAAAGAUAUUUGUUAUAUGUUGGGCGACGGACCGUCGUAACUAUCUUAUAUAAAAUAAAGACCAGUAAUAAGACUUUAGAUGAUAAUUACCAAUAAUACCAUUAACCGCCUAUCACUUUUUUCCAAAAGUUCAAGCGGGCUUUAAAUUUUAAGUAAAAUCGGUGCAGCUGAACCCAAGUGUGUUUAGUAGUCUCUUUCUCUCUCUCUCUCUCUCUCUCUCUCUCUCUCUUUCUCUGUGAAUGUGUAUGUCUCGCGUAAACGGGAUAAUCAUUGAACUAAACCACUCUAAAGCGCAUUGGAAAAAAAACGAAAGAGACAGAGAGAGAGGGAGGAAGCAAGGAUGCACUAUAUUCAAUAAUUAAAACUUUUGUAUUAGAUGUAAGUAUAAUCGUUCUUAAGACUACCGAUAAAUUCGUCCAUUUGAAAACUGUCGAGCUUUUGUGUGUCGUGUACGUCUUGUAGAGCGCUUGCUACAGGCGCAUUCGACGAUUCGCUGUCCCAUGCUGAGAAACUCUUGAUGUGCCACUAUGAAGUGCAUACAGUUACGUAGAGAUAUGACAAUACGUUUUCAGCGGUAACAGCGAAUUUCAGAGUGCAGUCUAAAGAUACUCUCUAUAAAUAUUGUCUUUGCACAAGUAAAAUGUAUCUCAAUGGGCUCACCUUCCUAUAAUUUUCAAUAUAAAAGAGUCCUCCAGACCUCACAUUGUACUUGUGAAUCGAUAUAUGUGAAGAAAGAAAAUAAUAAACUGUGCGUGUUUUCUGUUGUCGCACACGCGAAAUGCCGUUCGUGCUACUACGUAACAUUGUGUCAAAUUAUUAUAGGCAUUAUAUUCUUUAUAUAAUAAACGAAAUAUUCAUACGCGA